AUGUCUUCUAUGCGCGGACUAGUUCAGUUCAUCGCUGAUUUGCGAAAUGCAAGAGCGCGCGAACUGGAGGAGAAGCGAGUAAAUAAAGAAUUGGCGAAUAUCCGGCAAAAGUUCAAGUCAGGAAAUCUCGACGGGUAUCAGAAGAAGAAAUAUGUGUGCAAAUUGCUCUAUGUCUACAUUCAGGGGUACGAUGUCGAUUUUGGUCAUCUGGAGGCUGUCAACUUGAUCUCCUCCAACAAGUAUUCCGAGAAGCAGAUUGGAUAUCUGGCAGUGACUUUGUUUCUACACGAGGAGCAUGAGCUGCUUCACCUUGUUGUCAACAGUAUUCGGAAAGACUUGCUGGAUCAGAACGAAUUGAACAACUGCCUGGCAUUGCAUGCGGUUGCCAAUGUUGGGAGUAGGGAGAUGGGUGAAGCACUCUCGACAGAUGUCCAUCGUCUGCUGAUUUCUCCUACCUCUAAAGCAUUUGUGAAGAAGAAGGCUGCUCUUACCCUCCUUCGCUUAUAUCGAAAAUAUCCUAGCAUUGUGCAGAAUCAGUGGGCGGAGCGCAUAAUAUCUUUGAUGGACGAUCCAGACAUGGGCGUUACACUCUCAGUUACGUCGUUGGUCAUGGCCCUGGCACAAGAUAGGCCAGAGGAAUACCGAGGGAGCUAUGUCAAAGCUGCCCAACGCUUAAAGAGGAUCGUCGUUGAUAACGACAUUGCGCCGGACUAUCUUUACUAUCGAGUACCCUGCCCGUGGCUUCAGGUUAAACUGCUACGGCUGUUACAGUAUUAUCCUCCAUCGGGGGAUAGCCAUGUCCGUGAUAUUAUUCGUGAAUCACUGCAGCAGAUAAUGCAGAUUGCGAUGGACACGCCGAAGAACGUGCAGCAGAACAAUGCCCAGAAUGCUGUGCUCUUUGAGGCGAUCAAUCUCCUCAUCCACCUUGACACUGAACACACCCUGAUGAUGCAAAUCUCCUCGCGACUUGGGAAAUAUAUCCAAUCCCGCGAGACAAACGUACGCUAUCUUGGGCUAGAAGCUAUGACGCACUUUGCAGCCAGGGCCGAAACCCUUGAUCCGAUCAAGAAGCAUCAAAACAUUAUCCUGGGUUCACUACGAGACAGGGAUAUCAGCGUGCGUCGAAAAGGUCUUGACCUGGUCUACAGCAUGUGCGACAGCACAAACGCCGCGCCUAUUGUGAACGAACUGAUGCGAUACCUUCAGUCCGCUGACUAUGCGAUACGUGAAGAAAUGGUCCUGAAAGUCGCUAUUCUUACUGAGAAGUAUGCCACUGAUGCCCAGUGGUAUAUCGAUGUCACGCUGAAGCUGUUGUCUCUUGCUGGUGACCAUGUUAACGACGAAGUAUGGCAGCGAGUGAUUCAAAUCGUGACGAACAACGAGGAACUGCAGGCGUACGCCGCCCAGACGCUUCUUACCUAUUUGAAGAGUGACUGUCACGAGAGUCUGGUCAAGAUUGGCUGUUAUGUUCUUGGAGAAUUCGGACAUCUAAUAGCUGAUAAUCAAGGCUCAAGCCCGAUCGAACAAUUCCUCGCCCUGCAAGCUAAAAUGAUGACGAGUACAGACAACACACGUGCCAUGAUACUGUCUUCCUUUGUCAAAUUCGUCAACCUGUUCCCGGAAAUCAAACCACAGCUUCUACACAUCUUCCGACUGUAUAGCCACUCACCAGAUCCAGAACUACAGCAACGCGCAUUCGAAUAUCUGUCGCUGGCGACACUUCCAACUGACGAUCUUCUGCGAACGAAGACGGCCGGCACAACGGAUAAAAAGACCUGGGUUGUGGGAGGCAAGGACGCGAAUUCGGACGGAGCGGAAAUUUUGAUGGCACAAAACACAGGUCUCAAGCGGUCAUUCACUACGAUUGUUCACGGUACAUCAACAGGAACCAACGGAACUGCUACUUCAAGCGCGACAGGCGACUUGGCCGGACUAGACCUGAGUGCGCCGACACCACCGCCACCUUCUACGAACAUGGCUAGCGCGGCAAACCUGUCUCCCGAUUGGGAAAUUGGAUACAACAGGCUGUACUUCUCGGACGAAGGCGUACUGUUUCAGGAUGCACAAAUCCAAGUCGGCUUGCGGUCGGAAUUCCGGGGUCAUUUGGGUGUGCUGAAGCUCUACAUAAGCAACAGAUCUUCUUUCCCCAUCGGAUCGCUGACGACGACUGUGGACAACCCAUCCGCCCCGCAUCUCAGGAUCGAUUCGAAGAGCCUUCCGGAGCCUUCAGUUCCGGCGUCUGGUCAAACACAGCAGACCCUGUUCUUCGAGGCCAAAGGGCCGUUCUCUAAGGCGCCUACAAUCCGUAUUUCGUAUCUUGCAGGCGCAUUGCAGGCUUACACAUUGCAACUCCCGAUCCUGAUGCAUCGCUACUUAGAGCCCUCCACUCUCACGCCUGAAGAUUUCUUCAAACGGUGGCGGCAGAUCGGCGGUGGUCCACUGGAAGCGCAAAACACGUUUGGGCUUGUGGCGAAAGCCGGGGGCAUCAGCGAGGGUUUCACGAGGAGGCUUGUUGAACAAUUUGGCUGGAAGCUGUUGAGUGGGGUUGAUCCGAUCUCGACUAACAUUGUGGGCUGUGCGGUGUAUCACUCCGCACAAGGGAAGACUGGCUGUCUUCUCCGACUGGAACCCAACUAUGAGCGGAAGAUGUACCGAGUAACAAUCCGAGCCACACAGGAAGAAAUACCACAAGCGCUGGCGCGGCAGAUGGAGGAGAGGCUAUCACAGGGGUCAUUGCCGGAUAGGAGUCAUGUUCGUGAGAAACCAAAGGGGAUUAAUGUUGAUGACAACUUUACCUCUGGCUACUGA